CACGAGCUCCACUACUUGCUGCCGCCACGCUCAUCUUCCCCGCUCCACCGAUCAGAACUCAGAGCCAGCGCCUCCGCCCUCCGAUUCGCCGUUGACGACAAACCCGACCUGCUAUACAACCCGCCUCGCGUGCCCGAUCCGUCGCCGUCGAGGUGUCGGCUCCUCUAUCCAUUGGCAGAGCAACUAGUAAAAUCUAAUUUCGAGCGAGGACCGCGUCGCUGGCGAUGCUCUGCUCCGGCCGCAUGCUGGCCUGCAGUGGCCUCGGGCCCGGACGGCUCCGGCCGCCGCGCGCCCGCGCAGAGCGGCUGCGCCCGCUGCCGCCCGCCCGCAGGUGGCGCGUGGCGGCCUCCGCAGCGGCGUCCGGUGGCAACCCCGACCUGCCGUCGUCGUCCUCGUCCUCGUCGUCGCCUACACCACCGUUCGGGGUCGGAGAGGACCAGGCCGCCUUGUCGCCAGGGUUUUGCAUCAUUGAGGGACCUGAGACAGUACAAGAUUUUGCAAAGCUGGAUUUGCAGGAAAUUCAGGAUAACAUUAGGAGCCGCCGGAACAAGAUUUUCUUGCAUAUGGAGGAGAUUCGCCGGUUGAGAAUACAACAAAGAAUAAAAAAUGCAGAACUUGGAAUUUCAGUUGAAGAACCUGAUCGGGAGCUUCCUGAUUUUCCAUCAUUUAUUCCAUUCUUGCCUCCGCUGAGUGCAGCUAAUCUAAAGGUCUACUAUGCUACAUGUUUCACCCUCAUUGCUGGGAUAAUGGUGUUUGGUGGUUUUCUUGCACCAAUCCUGGAACUUAAACUCGGUAUAGGCGGCACAUCUUAUGAAGACUUCAUCCGCAGCGUUCAUUUGCCCAUGCAGUUGAGUCAGGUAGAUCCCAUUGUGGCAUCGUUCUCAGGCGGAGCAGUUGGAGUUAUUUCCGCCCUAAUGGUUGUUGAGAUAAACAAUGUGAAGCAGCAGGAGCAUAAACGGUGCAAAUAUUGUUUAGGAACCGGAUACCUGGCCUGUGCCCGCUGUUCAAGCACAGGCGCCCUUGUGCUCACAGAGCCGGUUUCGACGUUCAGUGAUGGAGAUCAGCCUUUAUCGGCACCAAGGACAGAGAGAUGCCCGAAUUGCUCAGGCGCGGGAAAGGUGAUGUGCCCAACAUGCCUCUGCACUGGGAUGGCAAUGGCAAGCGAGCAUGACCCCCGGAUCGAUCCCUUUAUUUGAGGCAUGCCCUAGUCCAGGAACUCUUGUACCCUGUGGAAGCUGCUUGUAGAUAAUAGCAUCGACAAACGAAUCACGCAUAGGCCGAACCUGAAUCGACUGCUGGCAUGUGUAGCACAGCACCACGCCAUAUUCGAUCCUUGUACGGUACGAAUAGGAUGAACUGAAGAAUGAUGCAGAGAGGUGUAUGUUGUCCGAAGGAAUAAAUUGUGUUUUGCAUUGUAUAGUACUAGAAUUUGUAUGGUUUAUCUAAUGCUAAUGAUUCAAGGAUUAAUUGGAUUCAUACCAUUAUAAUUAUCUGAAUUCUCUAUUCUGCUA